CACGAACAUUUUCAAUCGCCACCACAAUAAAUACACAACAGUUGUACACUAAAGCCCUCUUCCCACCUCUACUUUCGCCAAGAACAGUCGAGACCUCUUUCAUUUUCUUCACUCCAUUUCUAAGAUCGCUUGAGAUAGAAAUGAGAUCAUCAAUGUUGAGAUCCCUUCUCAAAAACUCUGUUUCCGAUGGUUCUCGCGUCGCGCGCCGCGGGUUUGCGUCGGGGUCCGCCCCCGAGCGGAAGGUCGCCAUCUUGGGAGCCGCCGGAGGGAUCGGCCAGCCGCUCUCUCUGCUCAUGAAGCUCAAUCCUCUCGUAUCUCACCUCUCCCUUUUCGAUAUCGCCGGGACUCCUGGCGUCGCUGCCGAUGUCAGCCACAUCAAUACCAGAUCUGAGGUGGUUGGGUUUUCGGGAGAUGAAAACCUUGGCAAGGCUCUGGAGGGAGCUGAUGUUGUCAUCAUUCCAGCUGGUGUUCCCAGGAAGCCUGGAAUGACCCGUGAUGAUCUCUUCAACAUCAAUGCUGGCAUUGUGAAGUCACUCUCUGCUGCCAUUGCCAAGUAUUGCCCACAUGCUCUUGUCAAUAUGAUUAGCAACCCUGUAAACUCCACUGUCCCAAUUGCUGCUGAGGUCUUUAAAAAGGCUGGAACAUAUGAUGAAAAGAGACUCUUUGGGGUCACAACACUUGAUGUUGUCCGGGCCAAGACUUUCUAUGCUGGAAAAGCCAAUGUUAACGUAGCUGAGGUCAAUGUACCUGUCAUUGGUGGUCAUGCAGGCAUAACAAUUCUCCCAUUGUUUUCUCAAGCUACUCCACAAGCGAACUUAGCACAUGAUGUGAUUGUUGGACUAACAAAAAGAACCCAAGACGGAGGUACGGAAGUUGUGGAAGCUAAGGCUGGAAAGGGUUCAGCCACCCUCUCGAUGGCAUACGCCGGGGCCAUAUUUGCAGAUGCUUGCUUGAAAGGACUCAAUGGUGUUCCUGAUGUUGUGGAAUGUUCUUUUGUUCAGUCAACUGUCACUGAGCUUCCUUUCUUUGCAUCCAAGGUGAGACUUGGCAAAAAUGGCGUGGAGGAAGUGCUAGGGUUGGGUUCUCUCACAGACUUCGAGAAGGAAGGGCUAGAGAAACUUAAGCCUGAGCUGAAAUCUUCUAUUGAGAAGGGAAUCCAGUUUGCCAACCAGAACUAAGAAAUUCUCCCCUUUUGCCAUUUGAGUGAUUCACAAUUUUGAAUAAUAAUUUCGAGCAAUUGUUGUCUACUCGGAUUUUAGAGACUGCCAGUUUCUUAGAUUUAGCUAUUUAAAAUUGAAGCAGACUAAGGAUAGAUGAAAUACUGGUUCAAAUAAUUUGUGGAAUGAACUGAUCAUGAUAUAUAAUUUGUCUUUUGCCUACUUUGUACUUGUCCUUGUUUACCACUGAAUUGUUAGUGAUGAAAACCUGAACAUUUGUCUGUACCA